AUAUUCUCACUUCUACAGCGUGUUUAACCGAUGUUAUAAUAAUUGCUUCAUGUCUUACAAAUCUCAGAAUCAUAAUUCGCAUAUUACAAACACCUGUUGUCAAGGAGACAAAAAUUAUCAAAAUACUAACUAACAUCUGAAAGUGAUCAGUUCAUUAAUACAAACGUCGAAAUGAUCAGAACAUCUCUGUUUGAAUUCAUGCUUUUAACGCAUUUUCUUUUCAUAUAUCAGUUUCUGAGAUUCUGAGAUUCCAUCAUCAUCACAGAACAAGUCACAUUAAGCUGACAUGGGAGAUAACCGUACUAUAAUAACGGGCGACGUUUACCUUGAUAAAUGUGAUAUCUGAAAAACUUAAAUAUUGUUAUCGGCCAGGUAAUAAAAACAAAACAUGGCGGAUAAUAAUGAAAGGACUAAAAACAGCACAGUUUUUACGCUGAAGGAUUUCACGGAAUGUUUCACACCACCUAAAACAUUCAAAGUUCUAGGGGGACGUGGAUUGUACAGUAAUGCCCAUACUACCGCACUCCGAGUGGGUGACUCUUUAUACCUACAUACCUUAGCGGUUGAGUGGAUAUGUUUGUCAUUUUUUGACACAGACACAGGUAUACGACGUGAGGUAAAGGUCCCUCCAGACAGUCACAUUAAAUUCAAUAUCGUACACAGAUCAGAAGAAGCUUUUCAAAGGAUUUACACUACAGUAGGUGAACUAUUAGAGGCCUGGCCGACAAGAUUUCAAGCCAACUAUGGACGAGAGGAUCCCUAUCUUCCUCAAAUAUUCAGGAAAGGUGAACGGUUUAGAUUCAUUCGGAGAGCUCAGAAUCCAAAGGACAGGAAACUGUGUUUAGAAUGUGAGGACGAAUCUGGACAUAUUUUGACCUUACCCGGUAAUUGUAGAGGGGAUUUCACUGUACUGGACGAUCCCAAGUCUUAUAAUCUCCAGGAAAUUGUGGCCUUCGGGGAUACGGAAAGGAAAUUAAAAUUUUCAGAGGAAAAUAUUCAGUUAAUAGCUGUUGAUAACGAUGAAAGUUCAUUCUAUACAAAUGUAGGCAAUAACGGAGAAAUUUUAACCAAGCUAACAGGACUACCUCUGACUUAUAAAGGUCUGAUUACUAUGCGCAAACCUAACUUCUUUGUUAUUGUUUCACCACAAGAUAAUCACGAUAUAAAGUGGAAAAUAUCACUCGAAGACGAAAUAGAAGUGAUGGAUCAGCUAGACGACUUUCUACCAUCAACCAGAGACAUGCCUCUGAAUGAAUUCAUAGACAAUUUCGAGUUAGACCUUCCUGUUAUUGCAAGAAUCUCUAAUUACGGCAAUAAAAUAACUCGUUUCGAAGAUCAUCUUUCUCCUGGAACUGAAGUAAUUAUUCAUCGUUUUGAUAAAGAUGUUGAUAGAAUUCUUGCAAGUACCAAAUGUGAUAUAUUUAGUUUAGGAAGUGAUGUUCAGGGUAAAUUCGACAAAUGUAGCAGACGUUUUAAUUCCGUUCAAGCAGUUUUAGACACACGAGAAAAGAUCAAACUCAAAGUAACAGAAUCAAUAGCAUGCGAUGUUCCAGAACCUUUCUGUUUAAAAUGCGGCGACAUUCUUAAAUGCACAAAUUUUAACAUACAAAACGUGAAAAUAAGAUAUGGCAAAAAAGUAUAUGGUGAAUGUCAAGUUGUUCAGUGGGACAUAUUAGAUGACACUGGUGGUCGUGCAAUAAUUAAACUACCUGCAGAUCUUGAAGUGACGUUGCUAGAAAUUGCAGAAGACGACGGUUUUGAUGUGUCGAACAUUUUACAGUAUCGCGUUGAAGUGCCUAUGGACGCUUAUUCAUUAGAUAGUGAUAGCUUUGUGCCAUUUAAUCAAAGUAUCCGUUUCGAGCAUUACGUUUCUGACCCUCUUGUACUCAUUUCGCCUAUACCUCGCAAUUCUGAUACAAAACACUCAUGUCUCGAUGCCAAAAUUGACCUUUGUUUAAUGGUGCCUUUACGUCAUGACUUGACAUUACAUCUCAGAGAACGAUUGCAUUUCCCACCUAGUUACUUCAUACUGCCAAGACGGAAGAAAUGGCUGUCAACGGGACCAGAGAAAAUAUCACUUGAAAUAUACAACAAUUUAAUAAAAUAUAAUGAUCAAGCUUACGAAGAUUAUGAAUGCAAAGAUGAACAAGUUGAUACUGCCUCAGGAAAUACUAAUUUUGUCGACAGGAUGAGGGAUGGCGUUCGACGUUUAUCUAAAUUAUCACUGAAGAUGACAAGGUCAACAAGUCAAAUUAAUGUACCAGACGAGGAGAAAACACCUGACCUUAGACGAAACUACUCUUUCCAAAGCGAAACAAAUAUUCCUGGAGUAUCUAACAAUUUAUAUGAAAGUGACCCCAGAUACAACGAUGACAAUAUCUAUGAAGAUUACUCAGGUGCUAUUCGACGUCCAGAGAAAAAUAAACAAUCCGUUGGUAGAAAACUUCUACGGAGACUGUCCAAGAGAGGGAAGAGGUGACAUUACUGCAACGAUCGUGCACUGACAUUCCAUUCAGAUACCAGCUCGUCAUAAUAGACUUCACACAUAUAUAAUUGUUUUAAAAUAUAUACCUAAGGACCUUUAGAUACCAGCUCGUCAUAAAAGACUUGAAACCAAAUCUAUUUGUUAAAUAUAUACCUAAGGAACAAGACAAAUCAAUCGGACCACAUUGUAUUGGAGCUAUUUUAAUAUAUGUUAUAUAUUAACACUAUACA